AUGAAUUUGCUUUCUUUCAAUAUAAGAGGGGGUGGUUCUUUUUCUAAAAGAAAAAGAGUCAGUUUUUUGAUACAGUCAAAUAAUAUUGAUGUUUGCUUCGUGCAAGAGACAAAACUUUCUGAUUUCAAUGAUGUUAUAGCUGGUUCUUUCUGGGGUAAUAAAGAGGUAGAUUGGACGGAAAGCCAUUCUAAGGGGGCUUCGGGUGGUAUGGUUAUUCUAUGGAGACAAGGUUGUUUUAUGGUUAACUAUAGUUUUACUGGCAGAGGUUAUGUAGGAAUAAAUGUUACGUGGAAAGGGUUGGUUUAUAAUAUGGUGAAUGUCUAUGCUUCUUGUAAUAGAUUAGAGAGGCAAUUAUUGUGGGAUUCCUUGAUCUCGAUCAAAGCUAGAAGUCUCAAUGAGGAAUGGGUUGUGGUGGGAGAUUUCAACGAAGUGUUGUGCAAGGAAGAGCGUAUUGGGGUGGAUAGAAUUCGGGAUUGGCGAGGCAUGGAGGAGUUUAAGAGCUUCGUUGAGGUAAUGGAGUUAAUUGAUAUUAAUUGUGUGGGAGGGAAGUUUACAUGGUACAAAGAUAACGGAAAAGCUAUGAGUAGGUUAGAUAGAUUUUUGCUUUCUAACAAGUUGAUUGAGGUGUGGGAGGUGGUAGACCAAAGGAUUGAAAAAAGAGAUAUAUCGGAUCAUACGCCGAUACGGCUUAAUGUGGGGAAAAUUGAUUGGGGACCUAAACCUUUUUGCUUCAAUAAUUCUUGGCUUAAACACGAAGACUUUAAAGCAUUUAUGGCAAAGGAGUGGUUGUGUUUGGAGAUUAGAGGAAGGGGAGAUUUUGUGCUUAUUGAAAAGCUUAAAAAAUUAAAAGAUCGUCUUAGGGUGUGGAAUAGGGAGGUGUUCGGGUGGAUUGACUUGAGAGUGGAGGAAGAUACGGAAAAAAUAAAUACCAUUGAUAAAGUGUUAGUCUAA